CAUCGCAUUCCAUUCACCCCAUAUCCUGCAAUAAUAAUAUUCUAACCUCGCUCGCCGCAAUCCAUGAGGAGCUGAGGCAGGAUCGAUCGGAGCAACCAAACGUCGCCUCCAAACGCGCACUAGCGGCGCGCGGGCGCGGCACCUACCUUUCCUCCAUCACUUCGCCUUCCUCUCCCAAUCAAACCCUAACCCUACACCCCUGCCUGCCUGCCUGCCUGCCUGCUGCUCCCCACCAUCCCAUCCCUAGCUAGCUACACCACCGAGUCGAUCGAUUUAGCAGGAUGAGCCAGCGAGAUGCGCAUGACGGCGGGGACGACGACUACACCACCGGCCGCAGCGCGGGCGCGGCCGCGAGCAUCGAUUCCUUCUCGCAGCUGCCGUUCAUCCGCCCGCAGAAGCAGCACCAGCAGCCGCCGCCGCGAAGCUCCGCCGCCGGGACAUCAUCCGGCAUCCGGCUGUUCGGCGUCGACGUCCCACCGGACGCUGCUGCCCCGGGGCCGGCGGCCUCCCCACGCGCCGACGUCGUGGAGGAAGAAGAUAGCUCCGUCAACGAAAGCACCGCCAACGCCAACGCCGCUGCCGAGCCGGCGGCAGGCAGUACUGACAGCGGCGGCGGCGGCGGAGGAGGAGGAGGGACCCGGAAGUUCGAGUGCCACUACUGCUGCCGGAACUUCCCGACGUCGCAGGCGCUGGGCGGGCACCAGAACGCGCACAAGCGGGAGCGGCAGCACGCGAAGCGCGCGCAGUUCCAGACCGCCAUGGCCAUGCACCACAGCCAGUACUACUACCCGCACCCGGCAGUCCCGGACCCCGCAGCCCACCUCUACCCCGCCUUCGCAGCUUACAGACACCACCACCGCUUCACCGCCGCGCCGCCGCCGCCGCCGCCGCACUACCCCUCGUGGGCGGGCGCCAGCCGGUACUACAGCGGACCCGGGUCCAUCUCGCAGCCGAUCAACGGCAGCCCGGUGACGCCGUCGUCCGGGCUGUGGCAGCAGGUCCCCACAGGCGCCGCCGGCAUCGGAGUGGGGACUCCGGCUCCGCCGUUGGCCGCGCGACGUCAAGAACAGCCCUCCGUUCAACCACUUCCGAUGAUGAUGCUCGGAGGCGAGGAACCAGCUGUGGUGGUGCGGGGAGCUGGCUCGGCGCCCUUCUCGCCGUCGACCUCCUCCUCGUCAUCGUCGGCUUCGCCUCAUGAGCGCCGCCCCGCCCCGCCGGAGUCUAAAGAGAAUAAUGUGAGUUUGGAUCUGAGCUUGUAGUCGCGAGAAAUGACAGUCGAUCGGCCACAGACUUAAAAUUGCUCGUCUUUUACGAAACAAAAUUGAGUGCCCUCUUCUUUUUUUUUUUUUGGCCUCCUCUCCUAUGCAUGCUUGCAAUUGUUCAGUUCAGCUUGGUGUUCAAUCAAAGAUAACAAAACAAAUGAUUCUCUCUCAACUGUUUAUCUGCACUUUUCGAAUUGUUCA